AAAAAAAGAGUUAAGUAGAUUAAGCCCAUGGGCAAACCAAACAGUACAUGACUAGUGCUACGCCCAGGUGAAGGGAUUAGCUGAAGGAUUCGUAGGUGAAAAAUGGUAGGGGAAAUGCAAGGGGAUUGAAAGUAUUUCCUGAGAUGCUAUGGAACAGAGGGUAUUUGUCCAGCCUUACAACUUUGGAAAGAUGAACAAUAGGGUCAACAACAACAACAACAAACCCAGUAUAAUCCCACGAGUGAGGUCUAGUGUGUACGCAGACCUUACCCCUACCUUUAAGGGUAGAGAGGCGAUUUCUGAUAGAUCCUCGGCUCAAGGAAAGAAAAAGAAAGCAGUAACAACAAUUAAAAAUAAAAAUUAAAAGAAAAAUAACUAGUCUGCAUGCAUGAAUAAAGUAAAGUUGUGAACUUUAUACUUACUUCCAUUGUUGGAAUUAUUAUUAUCAUAAGCCCAAAUAUUUGCAGAACUUGUUGAUGGCCAUUCUAAUGAUGAUUGCAUACUACUUUGAGUCAGUGAAAUUCUUGAAUUUUUAGAAAAGUAUUCUUCUUUGUUAUUUUGAAGAGAAGAAACAGAACCAUUAUUACUUGUAGAACUCAACCAAGAAAAAGAACUAUCAGUAGUUUCAAUGUCAGAUGAAAUUGCCCAAAUUCUGUCACUUUCUUUUGGAAUAUUAAAACCAUCUUCCACCAAUGGAAGAUUCUCAGAAGAACUUGCAUUGUUGUGUGGAGAAGUUAAUUUUUUUCCAAGUUCAAAUCUUGAAAAGAACGAAGAAAAUCUUGAUAAUCCAUUGGAGUUUUAUAAUUUGAACCUUCCAUGAGAAAAAAAAAAACAAGAAGCAGCCUAUGUUCAAUUGCUAUGGAACUAUUUGUUUAUAUAGGAAUUAAGUGUAUUUUCUUACCUGAGUAGGAGUGGGAUUUAAAUUAUCCGAUUACAUUAAUAAUUUUUCGAUUAUUUAUAGUUACUUCACUAGGGAAAAUAUUUUAGAAUAAUAUUACUAAAAGAUGAACAAUAGGGUAUUACAUGAAAUUUCAAAACAUCAGGGGUUGUAAAGGCUUGUAUCAAUGAGGGAUCCCCAUUCAGGUUGCAAAAGGAAAAACGAGAGAACACCUUUUCUUCUUUUCAUUACCAUUGACAUGUGGACAUGCUCUUGAAUAAGAGUAUCUCAUUGAUGUGGUAGUAUCCACCUCUAGAAUCUUUUGGUAGCUCACCCUGGAAUUUUGUAAACACAUUAUCUAAAACCCAUAAGAUGGGUUCAACCAUCACUGGGCAGCCUAGGUAGAAGGCAUAAUGCUCGAUUGCUCGUGCAAAAUUAUGGUGAAGUUUAUGAACCAAUUUUCUUAGUUUAACAUCCUUGGUAAUUUGUUGAAAUGAUGUCUAAUUGAUGAUAAAAUAAGGUAGCAAUUUUGUGUUAUGUCUUUUGGUUAGCAGUAUUGGCACUAGUAGUGAUCUUCUUUGCUGAAGGCACGCUCAGGAGUUUGGCCCAUACACAUAGGCCAUUAGAAGAAUUGUAGGAAUAAGCAAAGAUUGAAACUUUGCUUUCUGAAUUCCUGGAUGUUCUUUGUUGGAUGACAAUAUUUUUGGUUUGCCCUAUUGUGAUUCUUUAGUGGAUUUAUUGAAUGGCCUUUGGUUUGGUCAUUUUUACCUAACGUUCCUUAUUACAUACAAUCCAGUUAACUUUCAUGAACAUCAACUCUUCCUAUGUUCGUAAGUACAGUAUGUUUUUUAAUUUUUUUGUUAAUUUUUUUAUUUUUUUGAAAAUUAUUUGUUAUGCAUAAUAUUGUGCAAGAUAUUGCGUUUGGACUCAUUAAACAAUUAUACCCGGCUAUAUAUCCUCUAUAUUAUUUUGAGUUAUUAGUCUCAUCCUGUUCAUGUUCCAGCACAUCCAAUAGUAUGAAGAUUCAUCUUGAUUUGACUUGUUCUACGGUGACCAUAAACAUAUUGCAACCUUCAUCUUUAUCUGUGCUUGCAGUGCUUAAGAUGAAUGAAGUAAAAAUGAGUAGAUUUGCUCCGUGUUCAGUCUGCGAACUUCCAUCCGAAAGAUUCUCCUUUUUCCCUUUUCUCUCACCGUCACUAAAGAAAAGGUUGCGUUAGUUGUCUAGGGCAGUAGUGUUCACAACUGUUGCAAACAAGUAUUUUGUGGCAGUUUUGCAAAAUACAAAACCUUCAGGUGAUACGCUUUAGGUGUCUGAUUCAUUUUUUGUAAUAAUUUUGAUUCAACCAUUUAUGCAUUUAUUUGUUACUGGAACUUUGACUGAGUGAGCAAUCUCUUACCAGUAAUUCCUCCAUAGUAUUCCUGUUAGGAUGACUACUGGAUGUUGGCUUCUAGGCAAAUAAAGAACCGUGUUCUUCAUUCUUUCCUGCACGGAAACAACUGAGUUACCAUUCUCAUCCACCACAUAAUGUGGUGAAUGGUGCCAAAUCCUUCAGAUGCGAUCUUGAGGCCAUUUUCAUUUUCACCCACAAUGGAGGGAACAUCAACUGCUAGGGAUGGUGGAGGCUCAACUUCAUCCCGAUCUGACAAUAGUGAUUGUGAUUCAAUCACCAAGUCCCAUUCGUCUCAUCGUAGCUUCCCAAGUCGCCGUUUCUUUAUGUCUAAACCCAUACAUCCUCUGUCAAUUCCAACUGAAACACCUAGAAGAGAAGCUAUUGACAGCUUCUCACCUGGUUUUUUAGAACUUGAUACCUCAACACCGCAAAGAGAUAAACACCGCUUGAGCAGUGCUAGUGGCAGUCUUGACCUGACAGAGGCUUCUGAAUCCUUCCAAUCUGAAUUCCUAAGUAAACCUUGUAACCCUUCAGAUGGCUUCAGAUGCGGGUUAUGCGAGAGGUUUCUCUCGCAGAGAUCGCCUUGGAGUUCCCGACGAAUUGUGAGAAGUGGAGAUAUGCCAGUUGCUGGGGUUCUUUCAUGUCUCCAUGUAUUUCAUGCUGAAUGUUUGGAGCAAACUACACCAAAAUCAUGUAAAAGUGAUCCUCCGUGCCCCAUCUGCUCCAAGCUCGAAGAUGGUAGUUCUCCGGAGCAGCGACCUUUUUCCAAGUUCUUUCCUAGGCUUAAAACGUUCAAUGAAGAUGGACCGUCCAAGCCUUGGGGCUGUGCUUAUUCUGGAGAUUGUGUUGAAGGGGCCUUGCAAGCACCAUCUCGGAGCACUAUGCUCUCACUAAACAAGAACCGGUUUAGGAAGAAUCUUUCUUUGAAGGGUAAUUCGGGAAAGGAAUUUCCAGGGAAAUUAAGAAAAACUAAUACAUUUUCGUCUCAGCUAUUUAUUGGGUCGGUUGAUCAUGCUGUGGUGGGAUCUUCAAAAGCAACAAGUUCCGGGAAGAAGUAACAAUGGAAUUUUGUAUAUAAUUGCAGGCUGAUUUCCAUGGCCUUCGGCCUUUUAAAGCUAAUCCUGUUUAUUGAAUCAGAUUGUUUAGUGGCUUAAUCAUGUUGUCAAAUGUAAUGUAGAGGAAAUUUUAUUUGCACUUAAAGGACAUCAAACAAAUUGCAUGCUUUGUUGUAAGUUUAAAACUGGUCUUGAUCAUUGUAUCAGAAUUUGUAUACCUAAUGUGGUGAAAAUUGUGAUUUGCUAGUUGUAGGCAUCAAUUGGCCUAUCUUUUGUGCAUCAA